AUGGAACACAGCGGUAUUAGACGCACAGGAUGGAACACAGCGGUAUUGGACGCACAGGAUGGAACACAGCGGUAUUGGACGCACAGGAUGGAACACAGCAGUAUUGGACGCACAGGAUGGGACACAGUGGUAUUGGACGCACAGGAUGGGACACAGUGGUAUUGGACGCACAGGAUGGGACACAGUGGUAUUGGACGCACAGGAUGGGACACAGUGGUAUUGGACGCACAGGAUGGGACACAGUGGUAUUGGACGCACAGGAUGGGACACAGUGGUAUUGGACGCACAGGAUGGGACACAGUGGUAUUGGACGCACAGGAUGGGACACAGUGGUAUUGGACGCACAGGAUGGGACACAGUGGUAUUGGACGCACAGGAUGGGACACAGUGGUAUUGGACGCACAGGAUGGGACACAGUGGUAUUGGACGCACAGGAUGGGACACAGUGGUAUUGGACGCACAGGAUGGGACACAGUGGUAUUGGACGCACAGGAUGGGACACAGUGGUAUUGGACGCACAGGAUGGGACACAGUGGUAUUGGAUGCACAGGAUGGGACACAGUGUUAGCUGUACCGGCGGCUGCUAGCGCUACUGUGAGCGGCGCUAGCGGCGGGAGCAGUGCUGCGCGUGGCGGGCGGGCGGUGGUAGCCGGCGCGCGCUGGCGACUGGCGUGCGUGCGGAUGAUGCCGUGCGCUGCAGUGCGUGCGCUGCGCGUGCGGCUACUGGCUGCGCGUGGCGCGCGCUCUACUGCGUGCGCGCGGAGGCUUCGCGCGCGCGGCUACUGCUGGCGCGUCGCGCGCGGGCUGCAUGCGGGCUGUGCGCUGGGUACGCGUGGGUGCAGACUACGCGCGCGUGGGUGCAGGCUGGCGCUCGCGGGGCGCGCUGCCUCCAUGGCGCGUAAGCGUAAGAGCGCAGCUGAAACCACGGACACGUCCCCGCGGGAUCUCAAUGAGAUCUCGUAUAUUUAUCGGAUUAACAAGCAGCUUGCCGCUGGCCGCAAGCCUACGGGCCCGCAGCCCGAAGAAACACCUUCGCGUGGAGACACCUCUUACCAAGCCCCUCGUGACGUCCCGACGCGCGGGCGCCGUGACGCGGACCGGGUUGCAUCCUCGCGCAGCCCCGACGAUAACGCCUUCGGUGACGACGACGACGACUCCGAAUACAACAAGUACGCCGUGGGCAUUGACGACGAGGCGGCCUCUGGAGGAGAGGAGGACAAGGGCAUGUCCGACUCCGAGGACGACGCGGAGGGUGACGACGCGGAGGGCGAGGACGAUGACGCCCUGGAGGAAACGCAGCCCGCGGCACCGGCAGCUCGCCGCGGUCGUGCCAAGGCGGCAUCCGGCGUCAAUACCGCCGCCAAGGGCGGCGAGCCAACUCGCCGUGCUCCGAAGGCCCGCGACCACAUCCCGGUAAAGCGCAGCGUCUGGUCGCAGCUGGAAACAUGA